AGUAGCAGCAUCACUAGUAGCAGCAGUACCACCAAUGCGAGGUACGAGCACCAACGCCAGCAGCAGCAGCAACAGUCGCACUAUGCGUAGUAGCAGCUGCUUCUGACUCUCCUGCUCUGGUUCUUCGCUCGCGGAGAUUCGUUCAUCGCAGAAGGGUUUUCGACCAGUGAAUCCCAUAUUUAUUUUUCCCCGCGAUGGCGAGCAAGAACGACAAAUCCCAUCGCCGCACCGCCUCCUCCUCCGUGGGGGGAGGCGCCCCCGUGUCUCAGCAGCAGCUGUCGAAAGCCGCGGCACUCAUGGAGAAGCUCCAAGAGCCGGAUACCGCCGCCAACACCCGUCAGGCCGCCAAAGCGCGCCAAGUCAUGACCCUGCUACAGCAGCAGCAGCAGCAGUCGCCGACCAGUCAGCAGCCCGCGCGGCCGUCUACAAGCGGCGGCCGUCCCGCGGCCGUCGCCCGGCCGUCAAGUUCCGGCGGCCGGCCGGCAGCGCAGCAGCAACAGCAGCCGCCGCUUCAGAGGCCGAGCACGCCGAGUAGAGGCGAGGGCGGUCGCAUCCCCGUGAGCGGCGGCGGCGGCGGCGGAAGCGGAGCAUCCGCGAUUUCCGCGGGCGGCAGAUCUUUGUCUUGUAGCGGCUCGCCUCAUACGCCGCCCGGAUUGCACGGGACGACGUCUCCGGGAUGGGACGAGCGGCCGGGGACGGGCGGCGGUAGCAGGGGCGGUGGUACCGGGGGAAGGUUGUUCCGGCGGCAAAACAGCACGGAGGCUGAGCGGCCGCCACGUGGCACUCCGCCGCCCGGCGCGGGGGGAGCGCGGGCGGGGAGGGAGCGGGAGGGGAGGCGGAGAGGGGAGGGGAGGAGAGGGGAGGAGGAGUGGGAGGGGGAAAGGGAGAGAGGAUAUGAGAGGGAGAGGAAUGGGGAAGGGGGAAGGAGACGGGGUGGAGAAAUUGACAAUGAUUACGAGCGGAACUUGGACGAGCGUGAUUAUAAGGAGCGUGACUAUAAAGAGCGUCAUUAUAGAGACCGUGAUUCAGAUGAAAGUGGGGAUUCAGGGCCCGAAGAGAAAGGGUAUGAGCGGGCUUAUAACGAGUACGGUGAGAGCGGGGGCAGGGGGGAGGGCAGAAGGGAAGGGAAACGAAGGGCAAGAAAGGGGGGAGGGGAUGGGGAUGGGGAAGAGGAGGAGCCAAGGGGAGAGAGGAGGGAGGAUUCUGAUAGUGACGACUAUGAGGAGGAGGAGGAGGGGUGGCGUGGGAAGGGGAGGGUGGUGGAGAGGCGGAGGGAGGGGGAGGGUCAGAGGGAUGAGUCACCAGAAGGGAGUGAGAGUGAGGAUGGGGAGGCGAGGAGGGGAGAGCGGUUCAGUGCGGGGGAGAGGAGGGGAGAGCGGUUCACGGGAGAUGAAGACUCGGAAGAGGAGGGAGGGGCAGAGAGGAGAGGGGAGGACGGCAGAAGCGAUAGGGAGAGGCAGCAGGAGGAGGAGGAGUGGGAAGAGGGAGAUGGGGCUAGAAACAGGAUAAACGCCUUUCAAAGUGAUGAUAGCCGCGAUAUAUACAGUACCCGGAGUGCUGACGGUGCUACCAAGCUGCGUGAACGGGGGCUGCCUCCUAAAGCAGCACCAGGAGGAGCGCGCACUCUGCGCAAGUCGCUGUCAGAGCGAAGCAUUUCCACCAGCAGCGAUUCCGCCUUUGAAACCUCUCUGGACCUGGAUGCUGCUGCUGCUGCUGCUGCUGCUGGCAUGGAAACACAGAGGCAGGAGAGCCUUCCCUUGGACCCCAGGCGGGGCCAUUGGGAGGAGGGGAGAGGGGAGAAGGGGGAGGACGCGUUUGGGAAGGACGGGAGGGGAGGGAAAGGGCCGUCUUCAGGCCUCCCGCCUGGCCUGCCACCGGUUUUUCCAGCUAGAGGCUUGUCUAUAGGCGGGGAGGAGGCUUAUGACGGGGAUGAGAGGGUGAGGUCGAAUAGGAGGCGGUAUUCACUGGAGGAGGAAAAGGAGGGGAUUGGGGGGGGAGGGGAGGGGAGAGAGGGGAGAGAGGAGAGAGAGGGGGGAGACUGCCCAGGCAAGUGAGUGAGGGAGGCGCGAUGAUGAGAAGAUAUGAGGAGGAGGAGGGGGGAGAGAGGAGAGCAAGAAUGAGCCGGCAAAGCAGCCUUGAGAAGGGG